CUUCCUCCCUGCUGCCCCCUCCCCCAGGCAGUGUUUGUGCAUGAGCAGGUGUGUGUGACUCUUUCUUCCUGCUCAUUGCCAGCCCUGUAAACUCCCUCUGGAAGGAGGCAGUCAAACAGCCAUUUUUCUGGAGCACCAGACAGGAAAUUCUGCCUUUGGGCUGCAGCUGUUGAUAGUGUGUGAGCAGAUCAAAAUCUUGUCUGUUGCCCAGAUCUGUGUGUACAUGGCUGAUCCAUUAAAACUGGAUCCACAAAGCUCUAGACCAUGGCAGAAAACACUAGGAAAAAAGGACCUGCAGUCCCCAGCUUGGCUUUAAAUGAAGAGAAGCAGGUUUUUGACCAGAAGCAGCCUAACACUGAGCCAGUAGAGAGACUGCUCACAAGGAAGCUCACGGGAGAUUCCCUCCAGGAGGCUGAUCAAAGACAUGACUACAAGCAGGAGCUGAAAACAGAAAGUGAGAUGGAGAUGUGUUUUCCAAAGAGGCAGGGAAUGGCACCUCCUUAUGGGAUGGAAGUCUGGGAGUGCAGGGAGAGUGGUAAAGCCCACAUCAGCAAGGCUGUCCUUGCUGGCGAAGAGCCAGACCUGCCCAUGUGUGGGAACAGUGCUGUUUGGAUUCAGCAGGUGGGGGAGAAAACCUACAAGUGUCCCGAGUGUGGGAAGAGCUUCAGCCGGAGUUCAUACCUGAGCCAGCACCAGAGGAUCCACCUGGCAGAGAAGCCCUUUGGCUGCUCCGAGUGCGGAAAGAGUUUUGCGCGCAAUUCGGACCUGAUCAAACACCGGCGGAUCCACACGGGGGAGAAGCCCUACCAGUGCAGCCAGUGCCACAAGACCUUCAGCCAGAGGUCAAACGUGAUCAGGCACCAGCGCACCCACACGGGAGAGAGACACUACCUGUGCAACGAAUGUGGCAAGAGCUUCAGCCAGAACUCGCAUCUCAUUGUCCACCAGCGAAGCCACAAGGGUGAGAAACCCUUCAAUUGCCCGCGGUGUGAGAAAAGCUUCAGCGACCGCUCCUCCCUGAUCAUCCAUCGGAGGGUGCACACCGGAGAGAAGCCCCACAAGUGCCAGGAGUGUGGGAAGCAUUUCCGGGACAGCUCAGCCAUCAUUCGGCACCAGAGGAUUCACACGGGAGAGAAACCCUACGAGUGCCCGGAGUGUGGGAAGACCUUCCGGCAGAGCUCCUCGCUGGUGACCCACGUGCGAACGCACACGGGUGAGAGGCCCUACAAGUGCCCUGUUUGCGGGAAGGGCUUCAGCCAGAGCUCGGCACUUGGCACUCACCGCCGGAUCCACGGGGGAAAGGCCUUGCCCGUGUGCCAGGGCAGCCUCCUGCCCAGCCCCUUCCAGUGCACCGAGUGCGGCCGGAGGUGCAGCGACCGCUCGGCUCUGUCCAAGCACCAGAGCCUGCACGGCGAGGAGCGGCCCCACAUCUGCGUGGAGUGCGGGGACAGCUUCCGCCGGAGCUCAGCUCUCAACGUGCACCUGAGGAUCCACCGUGGUGAGAGACCCUACAAGUGUGAGGAGUGUGGGAAAACCUUCCGGCACAGCUCGGCCCUCGGUGCCCACCUGAGGAUCCACACGGGAACCAAGCCCUACAGGUGUGUCGAGUGUGGGAAAACCUUCCGGAAAAGUUCAACACUUAAAGUGCAUUUGAAAAUCCACGCGGCCAAGAAACCACAUAAAUGUCUGGUCGCUAUUGUUUCCAGAAUGUUAACACAAACAGUUUGGCACUUAAGGACUGCGUAUUAUAUAAACCUCUUCUAUACCGCAAUGUUUUAUUACACUGCGUUUCUGUCCUAAAUAAAAACCUUUUUUUCCCCUCAGU